ACAACAUCCCACACCGAAUCAAACGACGGGAAAGGCCACUGCUGGACAGAAGUGAAUUGUAUUCGGUCCCGCGAAAUCGACCCGCUUUCCCUGCACCCAAUAUCCUCCUUCGUUUCCGCGUUCAGUGCAACUAUUGUUGGCCGCGUUUCCGCAAACUUUCGGUGACGUUUGUCGUAAUAAAUCCGUCCGGUGUUGGUCGCGGUGUGAGAGUGAGAUGCUGCGGCUUGUGGUGUAUUUGCGCUAGCCAAGCAGUUCCGCCGAUUCACACCUGCAGUAGUAGUGAAAAAAGAGAACCCAGUGAAUCCCGGGGUCGCUUUCGUCCGAUUUUGUACUCCGUUACGUGUGAUUUGGUGCAGAUAAGCUCGAUUGCUAUUGUUGGUAUUGUUGGUUUGCUGGUGUGUGCCUCGUGUCAUCUUAUCACCGAACCACCACCGACCGUCCGAUAUCUUGGCCGGAAGGUGCCAGGUUGAAGCAAUUCAAAAGUGCCACCCGAAAGGUGUGUGUUUGUGUCCGCGUGUGUUCGUGUGCUUGAGUGAAGCGGUGCAAGGGGAAGAAGCGUGGCGGCAUAAUUACGGUCGUGGUGUGGCGGUGCGUGGGACAAAGCGGUUGUCCCCCGGUUGUUGAGAUAAAAAAGAAUAGGUGUCAAUUCUGUGUGUGUGUGGGUAUUUGUGCUUAUGCUGAAAGUGUGCGUGCCUGUGUGUGUCCAUCUGUUCCGUAAUAAAUAGAAAUAUAUCAGCUAGAGAAAACAACACCCGCAAGCGGCGGAGACAAAAUUUGGCCUAAGGCGGGGCAAAAGCACAGCAAAGCAAACGACCAACCAUAAUGGCCAACUUUUACCGUACCGAGAUCAACAAAACGGAAUGGGAAGUUCCGGACAAGUAUCAAGCACUGACCCCGGUCGGUAGCGGUGCCUACGGGCAGGUGUGCUCGGCCAUGGACACGGUACACAAUGUGAAGGUGGCAAUCAAGAAGUUGGCCCGCCCGUUCCAGUCGGCCGUCCAUGCCAAACGCACCUACCGGGAGCUGCGCAUGCUGAAGCACAUGAACCACGAGAACAUAAUUGGCCUGCUGGACGUGUUCCAUCCCGGGGACAACAAGCUCGAAUCGUUCCAGCAGGUGUACCUGGUCACGCACCUGAUGGGCGCCGACCUGAACAACAUCAUCCGCACCCAGCGCCUGUCGGACGAGCACGUCCAGUUUCUCGUGUACCAGAUCCUGCGUGGUCUCAAGUACAUCCACAGUGCCGGCAUCAUUCACCGGGAUUUGAAACCGUCCAACAUUGCCGUGAACGAAGAUUGCGAGCUGAAAAUAUUGGAUUUCGGGCUGGCCCGACCGACCGAGAACGAGAUGACCGGGUACGUUGCGACCCGCUGGUACCGUGCGCCUGAAAUUAUGCUCAACUGGAUGCACUACAAUCAGACGGUCGACAUCUGGUCGGUCGGGUGCAUCAUGGCGGAGCUGCUAACCGGUCGGACCCUGUUCCCCGGCACGGACCAUAUUGACCAUCUGACGCGCGUUAUGUUUUUCUGCGGUACACCCAACGAAGAACUUAUGCAAAAAAUCACCAGCGAAGAGGCCCGACACUACAUCAAAUCGCUCCCGAAGACCGAGAAGCGCAACUUCAGUGAUGUGUUCCGUGGCGCCAACCCGCUUGCCAUCGAUUUGCUGGAGAAAAUGCUGGAGCUGGAUGCGGACAAGCGGAUAACGGCGGAACAGGCGUUGGCCCAUCCCUAUCUGGAAAAGUAUGCCGAUCCGUCCGACGAACCGACCUCUUCUCUUUACGAUCAGAGUUUCGAAGACAUGGAUCUGCCCGUCGAACGGUGGAAGGAGCUGGUGUUUAAGGAAGUGCUGAACUUUGUCCCACAGCAGCACGCACACAUUGGCGGUGAACCGCAGGCGUAAAAUGUGCCAUCCAUCCACAACACCACCCACCCAACUGAACCUUCUAUUGCCACGAACGACAAGGACGACGGGGAGCUACUGCAACUCCACCGUGUGCAGCAAAAAAGAAAGCAGCAAUAGGAGGAAACUCGGGACACUAAAACACGCCGUCGAAUAAGAAUUUAGUUGCUGCGAUUGCCUAACUGUGUGUGUGUGUUGGUGUGCGCGAGGACACUACUUUUUAAAACAAAUUUCUUCAAUAAUGUAUUGGCGUUUAAAACGCUUGCCUUCGGCGGGUGCAUUGGUUUUCAAUUGGACAGCCUCAGUACGGGUAGUAAGCGGGUAGUAGACAGUCACGUGGCAAACAUGUGUGUGUGUGGUGGAAGAGAGCAGGGCAACACCAACUAGUGUAUUAAGCGAGCGAGAUGAUGAUCGUGGUGAUGUAGAAAAUGUAAUGAAACUAAAAAACACACAUAAAAUACAUACCGAUUAAAGGCGGUAAGCAGCAAUAGUACUCUCGUGCCGGUUCGAAGCUUCUUCUCUUCUGUGGUCACCACAAUACGACGGCGGAACGUAUGGCGGGUAGAAGGAGGGAACAGAGGGAAGUGUACUUCGAAGUCAACAACUGCAACAACAAAACUAUUUGAUACGAAUAAAACAACAACAAAAAUGCCUGUAUGUGUGUGUAGUGCGUCGUGGUCUGGUUUACAAUAAAUGUUAUACAAUUUGUUUGUUGCCUUAA